UGUGGAAGAUGGAGGAAACUUCACUCGAGGAUGAUAUAGAUGAGUGGUUUAUCGAGUCAUUGCACAUAUAUACUGAUCUUCACGUAUUCGAACUUCAGCAACCAACCCAAGUCAUCGAGUGGACUGCAGAAAAAAGUAUAUGCGUGGCAGGUUACUCAACUACAAAUAAGAAUGAAAUAUUGGAGCUCCUUCUCCCACAAAAGCUUUUUGCCAGAGAUAACCAGGGUCUUUGUCCUGAAAGAGAUUUUCGAGUGGAUCAUGGUGCUUUCACUGAGGAGCCUGUUAACUGCUUAAGGCACAUUCCAGGGACCAGGUGUGUGGUUACCAGUGGAGCUGCUGGCUCCAGCCUGCAGAUUUGGCAGAUUGGAGAUGGGGACAGUGAUGUCAUCAGGAAGACAGGGUGCAUAGAGCUCAAGAAUAACUCGAAUAAAAGGUGCAAGAUCGGCGCUGGACUAACUGAAACUGCAUGCAUUUUACAUGGCUCUGAACUCCGGGAUAUCCAGCUAACUGAGCUACCCUCAGGAAAGGUGCUCUACAAAGCAGGGUCAGAUUCGUCCGAUUCAGUGAGCAGUCUGCAGUUUGUCAGCGCCAGUGUGUUUUUGGUGUGCACGGAAAGCGGUGACCUGUGCGUGGAGGACACACGUGUUCCUUCGUCCCUUCUGCACACCCCAGCUAGAGAGCAGGGAGGACACCGUUGGUGCAUGGGGCUAAAGAAAGGUCCCUCCCCAUCGGAUGCUGCCUCCUGCAAGGUGGCACGGCUCUCCUCCUCCUGUCAGGUUAUCGUGUCAGACCUGAGGGAUCUGAGGCAUCCUUUGUGUCGGGCUCAUCUGCGUGUCCAACACAGUUGUCCCAGCAGUGACUUCAUGAAUGUGACAUGGGCCCCUGCUCUGAAUGAUCACCUUGCAGUUUCAGGUUUUGAUGGAGUGGUACAAAUCUAUGACACCACAUCUUGGAGACCAGAAUCAGUAGAAUCACAGCCAGUGUUUGUGCACAGAGGUCACAUGAUGUCGUCAGGAUCUGAGGUUGACACUGACCCUGCUGUUGUCACAACGCAUGUGUGGCAUCCGUGGAGACCCCGGACUGUUCUGUCAGCUGCUACCAAUGGAUCUUUACAUGUCUGGGACUGGAUUGACAAAAGAGAAGCCAGCUGUUAAGGCACAAUGACAUUUGACCAGCUCCUUUGGUUUCUGUCUACUGAGGUCAUUUGCUUUCUGGACCUUGCCUGAAGACUACCGAUUGACAUGUGUGAUGAUGCUUGAUUUUUGAAUAUGUAAAAACUACUUUUUUCCCUAACAUACAAAAGUAAUGUGUGUUUUGGGCUUGGAGGACACCAAGUAAUGGUGGUUAUCAGGAAAGCACUUGUAAUUUUAGUAGAUAGCUUGCACAGGGGAAACUAAACCAGGGUCUGUUGUAACUGCUAACUACCUAAUGUUAGCUACUUAACACUGAAACAAGUGUAACCCCUGUGAUCAUGAGCUGAGCAUUCAAACAUGUCCUUGUUUGUUUUUUAUACAAACUUAUCCAGACAGUGGAGGAAUAGAUGUGAAUCCACGUGGGUUCUCCAAAAUAUUGCAGUUGAAAGUUUUCAGCAUGUACUUAUUACAGUAAAGAAAAUCAUAGACAUAUAUUUCCAUUGGACUUAAACAACUGAUGCACCUGUGACACUGGUCAUGUGUAGUCAGCAAAAAAGAUGAGACACAGCCUUUGCACAUUGCUCUGACCUACGCAGAAUAUAAGACUUCAUGGAGAAACAAAUGACACGUAGUUUUUGUACAAUUAGUCAGUUUAAUGUGGCACAAGGUACAGUGGAUCAAUAUGGUUUCCUCUGACUUACAACAGGCACAUAUCUAGAGAACAUACACAGGCAAUCCCAGUAUAUUACAGUACAUUUAAUGAUUGGCACAGACAGUGGAAUGACUCUCAUAGCAGACAUUUAUUCAUUUUUUUCCAGAUACAAAAUGAUUUUUGCUUACUGAAUUUCAGUGUAUACAUCACACUCUGUUAAAUGACUAAAACAAAAACUGUCAUUUUGACUAAAAGUAUCAAAAUAAAGAUCACACACAGACUGAGAUUACGGAGUGUGAUAUUCCUUAGAUUUCUGACCCUAAAAUGUCAAGUACUGUGUUGUCACACAAACA